CACCACUUCUCCUGCAGAUGUCUACAGUAGUGGUCCGGGGUUCCCGCAGAAAAAACAAACACCCCUAUAUAUAAAGGGUGGCCUCACUGUGUGUAUAUAUAUAUAUACGCGCCACACGAUCAACCCGCAGACGACGAUGAUGAUGAAGAAGAAAAUGAGAAUCUCCAAAGAUUCCCACGCCAUAUCCAAAUCCAAACCCGCUAAGAUUCGGGUCAUCCACAUUUUCGCCCCGGAGAUCAUCGUCACCGACGCCCAAAACUUCCGGGAGCUCGUGCAGCGCCUCACCGGCAAGCCCCCGCCGCCGGCGCCCGAAAGGACUCGCCGGCGCGUGGACAGCAAGAGACGGACCCUCGUCGCCGGAGAGGAGAAGAUGGGGUGGGAGUGCCCUCGGGACGACUCCGACGUGGGGUCGCCGGAGUUUGAUGGGCUAUUGGACGAGCUUAAGGACGACGGGUACUGCCGCCGUCCUCCCCAGACGCUCCUACUGGACGCUUACAACUCCGGCGUCCUGGCCGCCGGCUACUAGUAAUGUUUAAUUUCCCGGCCGACGACCGGGACAUUACGGCCUA